AUGCAUUUCCGAGCCAAGGCACAAAAUACGACACACAUACACAAGGAAAUUUGUGUGUACACAAUUUAUGUUUUUCGGAGUCGCCCAGUAUCUACCGCAUACUAUGUAUGUACUACAUACUACCCUUGGUAUAUACUGUACUGUACAGCAUUGCUCAGCACUCCGUCAAUCACGGAUCACUCAUUUCCCCACCCCCCAUCACCUCCUUGCCACCCGUUCUACUGUUCUACAACUUCUCCCACACUCCCCACCUUCCACAACGCCACCUGUAUGAUGUAUCCACAUCCGCCUCCAUCCCUUUUCACUCACUCUCCUUUUCCCCACCGCUGCCCUUCUGUCCCCCACUGCCCUUCUUUCCACUACCGCCCGGAAAGUCCCCACCGCCCUCACCCGCCUUUUCCGCCUCGGCCUCUGCACCGUCCCCGCCCCGCCUCGCAUACUCCGCCCAUGACCCGACCGCAUACCCCAGUCUCCCGAGCGCGAACCGCACCGUGCCCAACACCUCCUCCACGUCCACCGUCACCCCGACGCUCUUCACCGUCGUGCACGGAUCCAGCAACUGCCCGGUCUUCUUCCCGCACUCCUUGUCGUAGUAUUCCUCGCUCUUGUCUGCCUCGUCGUCACGCCCGCAUGUCAACAACAACAACCCGUUAG